UAACGAUCCUGAUACUGAAUAUUUUCCCGAAGACCUAAUUGACAAUAUUCCAUUGGAUAGUGACUACAGUGAAGAAGACUAUCCAAAAAUUCAGAAAACAAUUUCUGAUUCAAUUUCUUUGACUUUGGUAUUGGAAGUUGGCGUAACAUUUUUUAUUUAG